CUGACUCAUCAAACAAAUUCCAACGUUAUUGCGUCUCCUUUCCUUGUUGGCCAUCCACAAUUUGUUUUUAUUGGCAAAAGACAUCUGCAUCUUGUUCUUCCAACUGUAUCAACCACAUCAUAGCAAGGGAAAGUAUGGCAUUGCGUCGAAUUCACAAGGAAAUGGCGGACUUGGCAAGAGCUCCACAGCCAAACGCAUCUGCUGGACCGGUUGACGAAAGCGACGUAUUACACUGGUCUGGACGCCUCGUUGCACCUGACGAAAGCGCAUAUAAGGGCGGAGUUUUCAAGAUAACAAUCGAGUUUCCCACAGACUAUCCUUUCAAACCACCAAAGGUCAAGUUUGCCACCAAAAUAUACCAUCCAAAUGUUGACGACGACGGAUCAAUUUGUAUAGGACUGCUCAAAAGUGAGAUCUGGAAACCAUCAACAAAACUCGUAGAUGUCCUCACCGCAUUAGUCGAUCUUCUCCAAAAUCCCGUUCCCGAAGACGCACUCCAACCAUCAAUUGCCCAAAUAUAUAACUCGGAUCCAGCAAAGUUUAAAAAGACAGCCAAAGAAUGGGUGAAAAAGUAUUGUGACAAGGCUGCAUGACCCUUAUGCCAUGUAAUUGCCCCCCAUCACGCAACAUACGCGACGCUCGCGAAUCGGAAAGACCAACGCGAACUUACCAAUAGGCGUCUCGCAUAUCCAAGUACACACACCAGAACGUCUGACACAUGCUAAGUGUACCGCAAGAUCGAGACGUUAUCAAUAGGCUCGCGGAGGCAACUAUAAUUCGUUAAUAAUAAGCAAAAUGGAUAUCUCGAUGCCAGAGUACGGCUACAUGGA